AUGAGCCAAUCAAAUUUUCGCUUCGUGUCCUCAUCAAGAGGAGGAAAACUUUUAGUAAUCGACAAUCACAUCUUUCGCCGUAAAAAAACUAUCAAUGAUACUGAAUAUUACUAUUGUGUAAAAUCUAAUUGUAAAUCAAGUGCAACCUUGCAAAAUUCAUUGCUAAUUAGAUCAUCACCACACAGCCAUGAACCUGAUACUGGAGAACUUAUACGUUAUGAACAUAAGAAUGAAGCAAAGAAAUUAAUUAAGGAUUCAGAGUAUCCUAAAUUGUGCCAAGUUUAUGAUGAAGUAACAGAUAAAAUUUUGAACGAUGGUCGUUUCAGCAAAAACGAAGCAGCUUCGAGUGUUCAACCGUUUGGAAGUGUAAGAGCAACCCUAAAUAGGGCUCGACAAGAGCGUUUUGGUGCUUUACCAGCUAGCAGAGCUGGGAUUGUGGUUCCUGAUAGUUUGAAAUGCAAUUCGUCUGGACAAAUUUUUUUACGUUAUCAGGAUGAAGGCGAAGAUAAAAUUUUACUAUUCGUUACUGAUGCAUUUCUCAAACUUUUGGUGGAAAGUGAACAUGUUUAUGGUGAUGGAACUUUUAAAAGUGUUCCGAAACUUUUUCAAUCAUUGUACACUUUGCAUGUGAUGAAAAAUGGAAUGAUGAUUCCGAUCGUUUAUGCAUUACUGCCAAACGCAACAACUCAAACGUACAUCGCUAUGCUUCGCAUCAUUCAAGAUUUGUGCUUCAAUUGCGGAUUGACAUGGAACCCGAAAAAGUUUACAACGGACUUCGAGAUUGCAACUAUCAAUGCUAUCAAAGCUGUUUUUCCGUCCUGUGAAAUAAAAUCGUGCUUAUUCCAUUUUUGUCAGAGCAUUUGGCGGAAUACUGUGAAACACAAUCUAGCCGAGCGCUAUCAGUGCUCAGACGAUGAUCCAGUCAAAGUCGCAAUUAAAAGAAUUUCAGCAUUGCCGUUUCUUAAAGUAGAAGAUGUUUCGCCAACUUUUGAUUCAAUUUUGGCCCAAAGUCCAACAGACGAAAACUUUUUGGCGUUCGUAAACUAUUUCAGACGGAAUUACAUCAACGAUAACGCACGAUUCCCAAUCGACACAUGGAAUCAUUUCAAUUCUCGAGAUCCGCGUACCAAUAAUCAUCUUGAAGGUUGGCAUUUCGCCCUAAAUCGCUCUGUCGGCAGAUAUCAUGCCAAUUUGUGGUUUUACAUCGAAAAAUUAGUUAAACAGCAAAACAACUUUGAAAUCAAUUUACUUAUGGCCUCAUUCGGUACACAAGUGGUAACUCAAGCCCGGAAAUACAAAAUUAAUGACCAAAAAAUCUACAAUCUGACGCAAAGUUAUAUUGAUUGCGAGUUAAGUCCAUUGGAAUUCAUUGAUAGAGUUCGAUAUUCAACUUUUGUUUCCGAUUGUAUUGUUUUCUCUUAA